AGGUCAGAGCCCAGCAGUUGCUGAAUUUAACUUACUCCUGAAAGCAUAUUCUUUGGAAACGUAUGGUGUUGAUCCUCAUCCUUGCAAGGACUCAAUUGGGACAACUACAUUUUUAGGAUUCACAGCUGCAGGAUUUGUAGUUUUCCAGGGGAAUAAAAGAAUUCAUUUAUUAAAAUGGUGUGAUGUCUAUAAACUGAAAUUUGAAGGGAAGACUUUUUAUGUGUUUGGAGCUCAGAAGGAGAAAAAGGCUGUGCUGUCAUUCCAUACGUCUACACCAGCAGCCUGCAAGCAUCUUUGGAAAUGUGGGGUGGAGAACCAGGCUUUUUACAAGUAUGCAAGAUCCAGUCAGAUCAAGACAAUGUCCAGCAGCAAGAUAUUUUUUAAAGGCAGUAGAUUUCGAUAUAGUGGAAAAGUAGCCAAAGAGGUUGUGGAGGCAAGCUCUAAAAUCCAGAGGGAACCUCCUGAAGUUCACAGAACCGGCAUUACCCAGAGUCGCAGUUCUCCCUCCUUGAACAAGCAACUCAUAAUCAACAUGGAACCUCUGCAGCCUCUCCUUCCAUCUCCCUGUGAGGAGGAAGAGGUUCCUUUAGAUGAAGGUAUCCAACCACCAAGGGAAGAUGAGAUUUCUGUACCUGUAACUUCAAGCUCUCCAGUUAAGGAUGCUGGGGAGAAUGUUGAUCUUGGCAUUGAACAGGAAGAGAAGAUGAAAGAGGAACCAUUAACCAUCUCAGAACUGGCAUACAAUCCUAGUGCCAGCUUGGUGCCCACCCCUGUUGAUGAUGAGAUUGACAUGCUUUUUGAUACCUGUCCUAGAGCAGAGAAUGAGAAAGAUGAUACAGAUUCAUUUGAGGAACUUGAAGCAGAUGAAAAUGCAUUUUUAAUUGCAGAGGAGGAAGAACUGAAAGAAGCUCGGAAAGCACUUAGGUGGAGCUAUGACUUUCUAAUGGGCAACAUAGAGGUGAAUGCUUUUGUGAAGAGUUUCUCCAGACUUUUCCUUGUAGGCCUUGGACUGGUGUUGUUUGUGUUCCCUCUUUUCCUUGUUCUCUUGGAGUCGGACCUUCAAAUCUCUGUCCUCCAUGAAAUCCGUCAGACACCGGAGUUUCAACAGUUUCAUAUUGAAUAUUACUGCCCCCUUAGGCAGUGGGUGGCUUGCAAAAUAAGCUUCAUCCGUGACAUGCUGGGCAGCUUUUAA